GUUUACUGCGACACCGCUGGUACUCGUCGUCAUUCAUCCUCGGCACCGAUACACAGUGGAGAUCUGAUUGGAGGCGGAGGCCAUGGAGCUGGCUCACAGUCUGCUGCUCAACGAAGACGCCUUGGCCCAGAUCACAGAAGCAAAGCGGCCCGUCUUCAUUUUCGAGUGGCUUCGCUUCCUGGAUAAAGUCCUGGUGGCAGCGAAUAAGGUGGAUGUGAAAGAGAAGCAGAAGAAGCUGGUGGAGCAGCUGACAGGACUGAUCAGCAGCGCUCCAGGACCUCCAACCAGAAAACUACUGGCCAAGAACUUAGCCACGCUUUACAGCAUCGGCGACACUUUCACCGUCUUCCAGACUCUGGAUAAAUGUAAUGACAUCAUCAAAAGCAAAGAUGACACUCCUGCAUAUUUACCCACAAAACUUGCUGCUGUGGCCUGUGUGGGAGCCUUUUAUGAGAAGAUGGGUCGGAUGUUGGGGAGCUCCUUUCCAGACACCAUUAAUAAUCUUUUGAAGGCGUUAAAGAGUGCAGAGUCCCAGGGCAGAGGGGAGAUCCUCCUCAGUCUGCAGAAGGUUCUCAGUGGACUUGGUGGUGCUGCAGCCUCAUGUCACAGGGACAUCUACAAGAACGCCCGCUCGCUGCUCACUGAUAGGUCCAUGGCGGUACGCUGCGCCGUAGCCAAGUGCCUGUUGGAGCUCCAGAACGAGGCGGUGUUCAUGUGGACCACAGAGCUGGAGAACAUGGCCACAUUGUGUUUCAAAGCCCUGGAAGGAUCCAACUACGGCGUCCGAGUAGCCGUGGCUAAACUGUUAGGAACGGUCAUGGCCACCGCGCUGAUGCCCAAACAGGCGGCAGUGAUGCGUCAGAAUGUGAAGCGGGCCACUCUGGAGGAGGUCCUGGAGCUCAUGGCCACCGGCUUCCUGCGAGGAGGAUCUGGUUUCCUGAAGAGCGGCGGCGAGAUGUUAAAGGGCGGAGCCUCCGUCAGCCGGGAGGUGCGGGUGGGCGUGACCCAGGCCUACGUGGUGUUCGUGACGACUCUCGGUGGCCAGUGGCUGGAGCGUAACUUCGCCACCUUCCUGUCCCACGUGCUGGACCUGGUGUCCCACCCGCGGGCCACACAGACUCACGUGGAGGCCGUGUACUCCCGCCGCUGUGUGUCCUUCAUGCUUCGCGCCACGCUGGGCGGGUUGCUCGGAGAAAAGGCGCAAAUUGCAGCCGGCAAAGAAAUCUGCCAAGCCAUCAGCAAGCAGAUGAGGGCUGUGGGUAAGGAGGAUGGGGGGGAAAUGUCACGGUUCAGAGCGUUACAGAAGGCUGUUGUGAACGAUAUGAGCGGAGAGAACAAGGCGGGGGCGGCCGACGUCUCCGCCAGUCAACAUGUGAUGGUCUGUGCCCUCAAAGAACUGGGAAGUCUGGUCCAGAGUCUGAGCGCCACCGCCUCACCGCUCAUCCAGGAGCCGUCUAUAGGACUCCUUGAGACGGUGACGUCGGUGCUGCUCCACCCCAGCAUGGCGGCUCGUCUGGCGGCGGCGUGGUGUCUCCGUUGCGUUGCCGUGGCGUUGCCCUAUCAGCUGACCCCGCUGCUGGACCGCUGCGCCGAGCGAAUCAACAACCUGAAGAGCUCGCCGGAGGCCGUGAGCGGCUACAGCUUCGCCAUGGCGGCUCUGCUGGGGGGCGUCCACCAGUGUCCCCUGGGUAUCCCCCACUCCAAAGGAAAGCUGGUGGUGAGCAUCGCUGAGGACCUUCUGCGAACGGCGGCUCAGAACAGUCGGCUGUCUCUGCAGCGGACCCAGGCCGGGUGGCUCCUGCUGGGGGCGCUCAUGACCCUGGGUCCGUCCCUCGUUCGCUACCAUCUGCCUAAGAUGCUGCUGCUGUGGAGGAACGUCUUCCCUCGUUCCCAGAAAGAACUGGAGGCAGAAAAGGCCCGAGGAGACUCGUUCACCUGGCAGGUGACGCUGGAAGGACGAGCCGGAGCGCUAUGUGCCAUGCGUAGUUUUGUGGCCCACUGUCCUGAGCUGCUGACGGAGGAUGUGAUUCGCCGACUGAUGACUCCCAUUGAAUGUGCCAUGACCAUGAUGUCGCACGUCCCUGCCAUCAUCAAAGUCCAUGGCGCUCAUUUGAAGGCGAGCGCCGCCAUGGUCCGACUCCGAUUGUACGACAUCUUGGCUCUGUUGCCUCCUAAGACGUAUGAAGGCAGCUUCAACGCCCUCCUCCGGGAGCUGGUGGCCGAGUUCACGCUGACCGACAACUCCGCCAACACCACCACGUCUCUGCUGCGAUCGCUCUGUCACUAUGACGACAGCGUCCUCAUGGGCUCCUGGCUGCAGGAGACCGACCACAAAUCUAUAGAGGAUCAGCUUCAGCCCAACAGUGCAUCAGGCAGCGGCGCCCUGGAGCAUGACCCCUCCUCCAUUUACCUACGAGUUCCCGUUGGUGAGGCCAUCCCGGGGCCUCUUCCUCUGGGGGUGUCGGUCAUCGACGCUUCGGUGGCUCUGUUUGGCGUCGUUUUCCCUCACGUGUCAUUUAAACACAGACUACAGAUGUUGGACCAUUUUGCUGAAUGUAUAAAACAGGCGAAGGGCGUUCGACAACAGGCGGUUCAGCUCAACAUCUUCACUGCAGUUCUGAGCGCACUGAAGGGCCUGGCUGAGAAUAAGAGUACGCUGGGACCGGAGGAGGUGCGUAAGUCUGCUCUGGCCCUGGUGAUGGGGGCGCUGGACAACCCCAACCCCAUCCUCCGAUGUGCAGCUGGAGAAGCUCUGGGACGGAUGGCCCAGGUGGUCGGAGAGGCCACGUUCAUUGCCAGGAUGGCACAGACCAGCUUCGACAAACUGAAGUCUGCCCGUGACGUGGUUUCGAGGACGGGUCACUCUCUGGCUCUGGGCUGUUUGCAUCGAUACGUGGGAGGAAUCGGUUCGGGUCAGCAUUUGAAGACCAGCGUCAGUAUCCUCCUGGCCCUGGCCCAGGACGGAUCCUCCCAUGAGGUCCAGACCUGGGCCCUCCACUCCCUGGCUCUGAUCGUGGACUCCAGCGGUCCCAUGUACCGUGGCUACGUGGAGCCCACCCUGUCCCUGGUGCUCACCCUGCUCCUCACCGUGCCUCCCUCCCACACCGAGGUCCACCAGUGUCUGGGACGUUGCCUCGGAGCCCUCAUCACCACCGUGGGGCCGGAACUACAGGGAAACGGCGCCACCAUCUCCACCAUCCGCUCGUCGUGCCUGGUCGGCUGCGCCAUCAUGCAGGACCAUUCGGACUCACUGGUUCAGGCCGCCGCCAUCUCAUGUCUGCAGCAGCUGCACAUGUUCGCUCCCAGACAUGUCAACCUGUCCAGCCUGGUCCCAUGUCUCUGCGUUCACCUGUGCAGCUCCCACCUGCUGCUGCGUCGUGCCGCUGUCGCCUGCCUCCGACAACUGGCCCAGAGAGAGGCCGCCGAGGUCUGCGAGUACGCCAUGAGUCUGGCCAAGAAGGCCGGAGACAGCAAGGACAGCACCGCCAUUAAUCUGAACAUCACAGAGACGGGUCUGGAGGGCGUUCUGUUCGGGAUGUUGGACAGGGAGACUGAUCGGAAGCUGUGCUCGGACAUCCACGACACUCUGGGUCACAUGCUCUCAUCACUCGCCGUGGAAAAGCUCUCCCAUUGGCUGAAACUCUGCAAGGACGUUUUAGCAGCGACUACAGACGUCGGAGGAGCCGUCGCCUUCGAGGUGGAAAAGGACGAGGAAGACUCCGAGAAGAAAGACGAGAUGGAUGAUGACACCAUGUUCACGGGUCUGGGCGAAGACGACAAGUCCAAGCCGUCGGUGGCGCCGCGAUGGGUGACGCGAGUGUUCGCCGCCGACUGCCUGUGUCGCAUCAUCCUGCUGUGUGAGAACGCAGAUAAAGCGCACUUCGACCUGGCCGCUGCUCGAUCUGCACAAGCCAAGAACCCCAAAGGUGAUCUGCUGGUUCUGCACCUGUCCGACCUGAUCCGCAUGGCCUUCAUGGCGGCCACUGACCACAGUAACCAGCUGAGGAUGGCCGGGCUGCAGGCGCUGGAGGACAUCAUUAAAAAGUUUGCCUCGGUACCAGAACCCGAGUUCCCGGGUCACGUCAUCCUGGAACAGUACCAGGCCAACGUGGGAGCCGCCCUCAGACCGGCCUUUUCACCCGAUACUCCGUCUGACAUAACGGCUAAAGCCUGUCAGGUGUGCAGUACGUGGAUCGGUAGCGGCGUUGUCAGCGACCUCAACGACCUCCGGCGUGUCCACAACCUGCUGGUGUCGUCGCUGGACAAGGUUCAGGCGGGAAAAGGCUCAUCCAGUCAGCUGUACAGCGAGAGCGCCACCACCAUGGAGAAGCUGGCUGUGUUGAAGGCCUGGGCCGAGGUCUACGUGGUGGCGAUGAAGAUCAAAAAGGAGGCGGAGUCAAAGCCCGUGAAGCUGGCGAGGAGUGGAGACGAGGACGAGGAUGACGAGGACCUCGGCGCUGACGUCCUUCCUCCCGACAGCCUCAUUUCAUUGGUCCAACCGGAGCUGCCGUCACUGAGCCGCCUGUGGUUGGCCGUACUCCGAGACUACGCCCUGCUCACGCUGCCCGCCGAGUUCUCCAGCCAACUUCCUCCAGACGGUGGAGCCUUUUACACCCCAGAGACCAUCGACACCGCCAGGCUCCACUACCGCAGCUCGUGGGCGCCGGUCCUCCAUGCCGUCGCCCUGUGGCUGAGCAGCACCGGGUUUGGAGCCGGCGAGGACAAAGACGACGCCCCCUCCAAGGUUGCCGCCGCCAACACGAAGACCGGCGAGGAAUCGAUCAAAGACAGGAUGCAUCUGAUACUGGGUGUCAGCAUCGAGUUUCUCUGCUUCCCCCGACCUGAGGAACCCAUCGAACAUGUGAUGUCAUGUCUGCAGGCUUUGUGUACGCUGUUGGAGGCUCCCAGCGCCAAGACCCACAUCGCAGAAGACCAGCUCCUGGCCGUGGAGCUCCUGAACGUCCUCCACCGUCUCCUCCUGACCCGUGAUCCUCCUGCCGUCCAACUCCAGGUCACCGCCGUCGUCCAGGAAACCAUCAGAGCAGCACAGGACCAUCUACAACGGCUGAGGAGCAGCAGAGGUAAAGAUGACGAGGGUGAGAAGGAGUGCGUUCCGAGCCUGGGGGAGGGCGGAGCCUCCGGGGAGCUGGUUCCGGGGAAGUCCCUGGUGUUCGCCGCCAUGGAGCUGCUGGUGUUCAUCCUGGUGCGACACCUGCCGCAGCUCAACACCAGGGUCAAGGAGUCGCCCAGCCACGCGGCGCUGCGGCCGCGCCGUCUGCCCGACGACGGCGCACGCCUGGUCGCCAACGCCGUCACCAUCCUGGCAGAGCUGCCCUCACUGUGCACGCCUGCAGGCAGUAUGACCAUCCUCCCCACUGUGCUCUUCCUCAUCACCGGUGUUCUGAGGGAAACGGCCGUUAAAACGGCAGACGGGUCGGUACCGGCGCCGGUUUCAGCCGCUCUGCAGGGAAUCAAGACCAUCCUGACGUCACCGCUGGCCCGAGUGGACGCCAUGGAGACGCAGUGGACCGGGCUGGUCCGGAGCAGCCUGGCCUCGGUCCUAGAGAACGCACAGCCCGACGAGUCCAGACCGGACAUGGACGACAUCAGCAUGUUGACCGCCAUCACCCUGUUCCUCCUGUCGGCGAGCAGCGAGCUGGUGGGCGUGGCCGUCCUGCAGAAGGGCUGCAUGGAGCGUUACCGCAGCGCCCUGACCUCCGCUGACCCCUCGGUCCAGGCCCGGUGCUACCAGCUGCUCCUGUCCGUGUUCCAACACUCCAGCCGGGCGCUGUCCACGCCCUACAUCCACGCCCUGGCGCCGCUCAUGGUGGAGAAGCUGAAGGCGGCGGAGCGGCGCCGUCCCGCCACGGCGGCCGAGCUGCAGGCGGUGCAGGAAGGGGUCCGGGUCCUGGAGAACCUGGUGUGCAUGGGCGAGGAGCAGAACCGCGUCCAGCUCCUCGCCCUCCUCGUCCCGACCCUCAUCUCGUACCUCCUGGAUGAAAAUGCCGUCUCCUCGGCGACGUCGGUCUCCAAGGCGCUGCACGACUUCGCUCUCCAGAACCUGAUGCGGAUCGGGCCGCUGUACCCGGCCGCCUUCAAGGUCGUGAUCGGGGCGGCACCGGAGCUCAAGACCUGCCUGGAAUCGGCCGUUCGGGCCAAUCAGGCCAGCAGCAAGGCCAAGGCGGCGGCCAGGCAGGCCACGCCCACUGUACAGGCCACACCCACCAUCAAACUCAAGACCAGCUUCUUCUGAACACGAGCCCGACUUCAUCGUCAUGUAUUUAUUUUCCAGACUUUUGUGUAAAUACGUCUCUGAAGUGUGAAUGUAUGUUCCACAUCGUACCUAAAGGGACUCGUUUUCAUUUGAUUUGAUUUGAUUUUUUUUGUCGUUUUUGUUGUUUGUUGUUUUUGUCCUUUCUUCUAUUGAAUAUUUAACUUUCACUGCGUCGUUUUUCUGUGUGAUUUUACUUUGUCGUUGAAUCAUAAACGCACUUUGACCGAUUGUAUGGAGGAAAAAACAUUCCUGAAUCACAACUGAAGUUAAUUAAUUGUAAUCGUUGUAAUCCAGGGGUGUCAAACAUGCGGCCCGCGGACCAAAACCGCCCGCCAAAGGGUCCAACCUGGCCCGCGGGAUGAAUUUGCACAGUGAAAAUAUUAACACUCAAUUCAGGUUCCACAUUCCAUCUUAAGUGGGUCGGACCGGAUCCGAACUUUUUUUUUUUCUUUGAGAAAAAUCUUCUCCUUUUUCUCUUUGUUUUAGUGUAAAAAAAAAAAGUGAAAUUACAUGAAAAUGGUCAUAUUUACAAACUAAU